UCCGGUUCAUUGACGAAUUUUGUCGGCGGGCUUUUUUAACGUGAUAAAAAUGUACAUCUAAAACUGUUUUCACUUAAAAAAAAAUAUUACGAAACACUCGCAACACACAAAACUGAUAAACCAGAUCCCGAUUUACUCGCUGUUUUUAACUAGACGAUCCCCAGCGCCUGGCCAGGCAGAAAGGCCACAAUGAAGCUCACAGACAAUGUGCUGCGGAGCUUCAGGGUUGCGAAGGUUUUCCGAGAGAAUUCGGACAAAAUCAACUGCUUUGACUUCAGCUCGAACGGCGAAACUGUAAUAUCGAGUAGCGAUGACGACUCGAUUGUCUUGUACGACUGCCAGGAGGGAAAACCCAAACGGACGCUGUACAGUAAGAAGUAUGGUGUGGAUCUCAUCAGAUACACCCAUGCCGCCAACACUGUUGUCUACAGCUCCAACAAGAUUGAUGACACUAUUCGAUACCUGUCCCUACAUGACAAUAAGUACAUUCGCUACUUCCCUGGACACAGUAAGAGGGUUGUUGCUCUGUCUAUGUCUCCUGUUGACGACACAUUCAUUUCUGGCUCCCUUGAUAAAACUAUUCGUCUGUGGGACCUUCGCUCACCUAACUGUCAGGGCCUCAUGCACCUGCAAGGGAAGCCUGUGUGCUCAUUUGAUCCGGAGGGGUUGAUUUUUGCGGCGGGAGUGAAUUCUGAGAUGGUCAAGCUUUACGAUCUACGCUCCUUUGAUAAGGGUCCAUUCGCCACUUUUAAACUUCAAUAUGAGCGAACCUGUGAGUGGACGGGUCUCAAGUUCAGCAAUGACGGAAAGCUCAUUCUGGUCUCCACCAAUGGAGGAACACUCCGAGUGCUGGACGCUUUCAAAGGAGCCGUGCUCCACUCAUUUGGGGGCUAUAACAACAGUAAAGGUGUCAUUCUGGAGGCCUCUUUCACACCAGACUCUCAGUUCGUCAUGAUCGGAUCAGAAGAUGGAAAGAUCCAUGUGUGGAAUGCUGAGAGUGGAAUGAAAGUAGCAGUUCUUGAUGGGAAGCACACUGGUCCAGUCACCUGUCUACAAUUUAACCCCAAAUUCAUGACCUUUGCCAGUGCAUGUUCUAACAUGGCAUUCUGGUUACCCACGAUUGAUGACUGAUGGGCCGCUGUCAGAGGUCAGCCUCUGUGAUGUUCUUCCAGCAGGUGGCAUCAUUCACCUCUCUCUUGGAGUUGAAACACAGUUGCUCACCUUAGGACUUUUGAACUGUAAAUAGAUUGGCUUUGAUGCCAAGUUGUAUUUCUUUGUUCAUUUUAUAUCUGUAUCAUUAAAACUUUUUUGUAAAACAUUGUAAAGUAAUCUGUUCACAUUUUCUGUUUUGUUUGAGGUUGUAGCAAAGUGCUUGAUCAAAUUGACUUGUGUGGGAGACGUAAAACAUUUCUGCAGAUCUGAUCUUACCUAAUCAAACUAUAGCAGAACUCAGCACCUGUAGAUUUAGAAUCUUGUGAAUGAAGAAUGGAAUGUCAAUGGAACAUUUUUUAUAUUAAAUAUGCAACCUUUCCAAAGAUAUGGUUUUGAAGCCUUUCAGACGUGCUCAUAGCUGAUGUGUGUAAUUCCAUCUGUGAGUGCAAAUUGCUUUUAUGCCAUUCUUUUACUGGGCUUUGUUUUCUUGUUUUUAUGUAUUUUGCAUUUGCAAUACUGGCAUUCUUUUGAAUCGCUUAUAAAAAACAUCUCAUAACAAUAUACACUGACCACCCCUCUCUCAAGUUUCACUUUAUUUUGUUCAAGUUAAUUUGCACUUACUGAGGAAACAAUUGUGUUUAUGCUAGUUUUGAGGGAUAAAGGCGGAGAAUGGUAAUUCGAUGAUUGUGCCAAUGUAGCCAUUUUCACUUUAAUGAAUUAAAUCUUUCAAGAGGUUACAUCCAAA